AUGUCUGCGUCGACGUCUGAAUCGGCAGCUAAUCAGCGUCAGCUUCAGUCGCAGUGGGCGUCGCCGUCGCAACGUUAUCUUCAUCAACAGCGACAACGUUUGUGCCUAAUUGUUUUGGCUGCCUUGAUUCUGGACGCCACUGUAGCUGCUGCUCUUAUAGUCGACGGCGACGGCGACGCCAGCGUCAACGUCAACGCCAACGCAGUGCAUAUUGAGCUGCGACGCAGGAGAAGCGUCAACUGGAAUGGCAUUGAGCUGGACGAGAACGCAUUGCUGGAACACCUGGCGAGCCAUGAACGUGCUCUGAUCUUUGGCACAGCGAAAGUGCCCGAAUUCAAAUUGGUUCAUUUGGCGCGAAGCAGCGCACAGCAGGAGCAGGAGAGGAAGAGGGAUCGUCGCAGUGCGGAGCAAGGCACUGUGGAGGCAGAGUUGCAAUUGCAACUGCAACAGCCGCAGCAGCUAAUCGACGAUGCCUUCAUCUUCAUUCGACGCACUGCAAAUAACACGCAAUUUGUGGAGCAUUCACCGCAGUUGUUGCAACGCCUCGAGCGCUGCUUCUACCGAAGUCCAUUAGCGGCCCUCGAUUUGUGCGAUGAGCACAGUGUGCGAGGUGUGUUCCAACAGAAUGCGAGUAACUUUGUAAUUCAGCCGUUGCCAGCGCGUUUUGGCCCAGCAACUCAUGUGCUCUAUCAGGCGCGUUUAGAUAACGAUAACAACACAAGCAACAACAACGAAACGACACCGUUAGACAGUCAGCUGCAGUUUGAGCCCGAUGCGGCGGAAUUCAACGAACCGAAGCAUCCACAACAACAGCAACAACAUGAAAGUCGUCAAGAGUCUCAUCAACGCCAACAUCUGCAUCGAAAAUUGCAAUCACAGCUGCGACUACGCUAUCAUCCGCGUCAUCAUCAUCAUCAUCAACAACAUCAUCAUGUUAAUCAUCAACAACAUCAUCAUGGCAAUGGCAUUCCCAGCGGACAACGUAGGCGUCGUCAUAUUAAUGGUGGUGCUGCUGGUGGCAUGCCACAUCGUCAGUCGCACUCCGUGCCACAUGAGCUGCACAUUGAAACGGCCAUCUUUGUGGACAGCGAUCUGUAUCGUCAUAUGGAAAAGAAUUUUCCCAAGGAUACGGAAAGUCAUCUUACACGUUUCGUUCUGGCCAUGUUCAAUGGCGUCCAAUUGCUCUAUCAUCAUCCCACACUGGGCAGACGCAUCAAUUUUGUGCUCAAACGUUUGGAAAUCUUUCACAAGGAUCCGCCAGAGCUGCGUCGCUCCAGUGACAUUGAUACCUAUUUAAGUAACUUUUGCUUGUGGCAAAAGAGUUUGAAUCCACCAUCGGAUGCGGAUACACUGCACUAUGAUCAUGCUGUCAUCCUCACAGGAUUGGAUCUCUAUGUGAUUGGCAAGAAUGGCAAGGUUAUUAGCCAGGUUGUCGGUCUGGCGCCAGUUGCGGGCAUGUGCACGCAGACCUCCUCCUGCACCAUUAACGAGGGCAAACACUUCGAGAGCGUCUUUGUGGUCGCACAUGAGAUUGGACACAAUUUGGGCAUGCGACAUGAUACGAAUGACAACAGUUGCGAUCCCAGUUUGCACAUAAUGUCCCCAACUUUGGGAAGUGGAAAAAUCACGUGGUCGAAAUGCUCCCGAACCUACUUGGAGGAGUUUCUGUCUUUGGGUCAGGCGGAUUGUCUCUUUGAUCGUGGACAGUUCAAGGCGCAUUUGGAUCACUCGGCGGAGGGAUUGUUACCUGGAGAACGCUUCGAUGCCAAUCAGCAGUGUAUGCUGAAAUAUGGACAGAGUUCGGUGCGUGCAAAUAGUCAAACCAAGUUGGAGAUUUGUCACGAUUUGCACUGUCAGCGGGAGAGAUACACUUGGACAUCGCAUCCAGCACUGGAGGGCACUGAAUGUGGCGACAGCAUGUGGUGUCGUGGUGGUUACUGCGUCAUACGACCCACUCAGGAGACGGCGCUGAGUUCGCUGAAGCAGCUAAGUGGCAUUGUCAAGCCGAGUUAUGAGAAGAACAGCGCCAGCUUUGCCGAGUCCAGUAAAAUGGGUCAAUUCCUGCAUGAAUAUAAGAGCAGCACUUGGAGCGAUUGGGGUGAGGCCAGUGAAUGUGAUUCCGGCUGUUUGUACGGCCCCUCGCAUCGCUUGAGGGAAGGCAGCACCGGACUUCGCACCUACAGCCGAAGUUGCCUCAAUUAUCGUCCGAGAUGCAUGGGAAGAGAUCGCAAGUUUGAAACCUGCAUUGCCAAACAAUGCUACAGUGUGCCUGUCCAGACAAUCGGAGAAUUUGCCACUCAAGUGUGCAAGCAGGCAAGGAAGUCCGACAACGAAUUGACCGGCGAGGGUCAGCAACUAAGUGGAUCCAUUGAGGAUUCCUGCAAGGUUUUCUGCCGCACAAGAAACAAUGGCACCAAAUCUCGUCGCUGGACUUUUCCGGACGGCACCGUUUGUCGGGCCAAGCAUCACGGCCAGGAUGACAUUGCCUACUGCAUUGCGGGACGUUGUGAGCCCUUUUCCUGCGACAAUGCCACCAGUAAUUUUUUUAAAAUGGACAAUACCUUCUGUGCACAUCGGGUUCAGCCACGUCCUCAGCGCGAUUCCAACGAGCUGGAGAGCAAACAACAUGCCAGCUAUCACAAUAAUGUCAGCUACAAGCGCUAUGCAGAUCGAUUGCAGAAUGAGGUGGCUGUGCGCAGUUUUCAUGGCCAGGACAAUCAUAUAAGUCCACAGCAACCGUAUAAGCGAAAAGUAAUUUCCUCCAACGAGUAUAAAUACAACUACAACUAUCAGGAUUCAUAUGACAAGUCACCAUCUCCCCCUCCAUCCGCCUCGUUGGUCGUCAAGUCGGAUGUCGAGCCGGAAUGGCAGAUAAUAUCCGGUUGUCACUCCAAUUGCAUGACCGAAUCAAUGGGUGUCCAGGUGAUCAGUUCACGUCGCACUCAGGAACGCAAUGUCCAGUUGUGCACCCACAAAGUGAAGCCCUGCGAGAGUUUGCAAACUGCAGCGGAAUAUGCGGAGCAAACGUGUGCCAGAUAUAAGCAAAAGGUGCGUGGUUUAUCCGGUCGAGGAUCACAGAUCUCGGCCAGCGUCGAGGAGCCGGAUCGAAGUUGUCGCGUUGGCUGUCAGGAUGAGUUUAUCAAGUAUCGUUAUUAUUUGGUAAAUGGAAGAAAUGGACAUUUUCCCAUUGGCACACGCUGCUCUCAGGUGGACAGACGCUAUUGUCUGUAUGGCAAGUGUCUAGAAUUUGGUGCGGAUAAUAUACUGAGACAACAGUCCCACAUCAGUCUGGCUCUGCUUAGAAGCAAACGAGAUGUGCAGCGUCAGAAACGCAGUUAUCUCUAUUAUGAUCCGGUUAAUAUAACGGAAACAAUCACACGGGAUUUUCUUAACAAAAUUGUCAGCAGCAUUAUUGAUUUUGAACGGCAACAUUUGGACUUUGCCGCUGAUCACAUCGAAUUAUCCAAUCCUAUUCACGUAUCCACGGAUGAACUGAGCAACAACUGACAAUUGCUAAUUUAGUAUUUACUUCUUUUACAUGAUAUAUAUUUAUAUAUCUCUUAUAUGGCUGCCUUUCUGCUCAAGUAUUCUAAGUCUAGUUGUUAAGCUCUAAAAUGGAAAUUGUACAAUUAUUAGCCGAAAUAAAUGUGUGUGAAUGUGACUGAAAA